AUGGCUUUGCCAUGGUCUAAGGAUUACCAUGGGAUACGCACCUUCCGCACAGGGCCCUUGCCAGGGGCUGGCGAAUUUACGAUUUUCGGUCAAAAAAUCGUCGGGGCAUCAACCAAAGCAGAAUUUCAACAAUGGUGGCCGCUAGCGAGCGAGCCGCAUGCAAUGCUGACACCUUGCGGUGGCGGCGCGAAUUACGUUUCUGUCUUACUUCCUCUUUCAUUAACCCUUUUCGCUCGUUCGUUCACAGUACACAUCCUUCCUCAUGUAUGCACAAUCUUUUUUCCCCCCGAAUUCUCACUACUAUUUUUUUUUUUCUACUACUAUCCGAAUAUUUAGUAAUAAAAAUUUCAAUUUAGAGAUUCAUCUCAUUUUUUGCUUGUCAAUUUGUAUUUCUCUGA